AGAAGGAGACCUCAACCUCACAUGACGCGCUCCUCCCAUCAAGUCAUGUGACCUCAAAGCCUCUGCACAGUUCUCACAAGUCUACAAGUCUGCUCCAGCAGGACAGAUGAUGUUGUGCCUGUCAGUGUGUGCGUUGUUCCUUUCAGCUCUCGUCCACACCAGCUCGACUGCUGGCAGUCGGCGGUGCACUGGUGGCCCAUCAAAGAAGCUGGACCCUGAAGUGGACAUGAACAUUACGGAGAUCAUUCUGAGGUGGGGUUACCCUGCAGAGGAGCAUGAGGUUCCAACAGAGGACGACUACUUCCUAACAGUCAACAGGAUCCCUCGGGGACUCAAACAAACCACAGGUCCGAGGCCGGUGGUCUUCCUGCAGCACGGCCUCCUGGCUGCCGGCAGCAACUGGGUCACCAAUCCUCCCAACUCCAGUCUGGCCUACGUGCUGGCAGACGCAGGCUACGACGUUUGGAUCGGGAACAGCCGGGGAAACACCUGGUCCAGGAAACACAGGACACUGAAACCAGAUAACGAGGAGUUCUGGAGGUUUAGUUAUGAUGAGAUGGCUCUGAAGGACCUUCCAGCUGUUAUAAACUAUAUUCUGACGCUGACGGCUCAGGAGCAGAUCUUCUACAUCGGACACUCACAGGGAACCACCAUUGCAUUCAUUGCAUUCUCCACGCUGCCACAACUGGCCAGUAAGGUUCGUCUGUUCCUGGGUUUGGCUCCGGUCGCUACUGUGGCGUUCACCAGCAGCCCCAUGACUAAACUUUCCAUCCUGCCCGAAGGCCUGAUCUGGGAGCUUUUUGGGAAGCGUGACUUCCUGCCUCAGAGUAAGUACAUUAAAUGGCUUGCCGAACACGUGUGUGCAAAGACGGUGCUGGACGAGCUCUGUGGAAACCUCUUCUUCAUCCUCUGUGGCUUCGAUGAAAAAAACCUUAACAUGACUCGAACUCCUGUCUACACGACCCACUGUCCUGCUGGGACGUCAGUCCAGAACAUGGUCCACUGGGCUCAGGCAGUUAAACAAGGAAAACUGAUGGCGUUUGACUACGGACGAGAAGGAAACAUGAAGCGCUACAAUCAGUCUACACCUCCUGAGUAUCAAGUGCAGGACAUGAAGGUUCCUACAGCUUUAUUUUCAGGGGGACAUGAUACUCUGGCGGACCCCAAAGACAUGGCAGUCCUCCUCACUCAGGUCCCCAACCUGGUCUACCAUCAGCACAUCAAACACUGGGAACAUCUGGAUUUCAUUUGGGGCCUUGAUGCUCCUCAGCAGAUGUUUCCAUCUAUCCUGAAACUGCUGCAGCAGCAUCAUUAGAAAAGCAAAGGACAAGGACACUUUGUCCUCAGAACCUACAGAGUCUAGGAGGUGAAGAUGGAUGGUUUGACAGUGAGGUUUAAUCAGAAGUCUGUUUUAAUCUUUUGAUCACCAGCAGGCUGGACUUAGGACUCGUGGGCAUCAGGAUUUGAUUCCAUUCUUACUUGUUUUAAAUUUUUAAAUGUCAUUGAUUUUGUGUAUUUUAUUGUGAAACAAACUAUUAUCUGAGUCUCUGGAUGAAUAAUUUGGUUUUAGAGUCACAGCAGUUCUCAUCAUUUUUAAAAGCACCAGUCAUCUCCAGGCUCAAAUAAAACAGCAUGUCCAAUUUGUUUCAGGUCCAGAUUCAAUUCAGUUGUAAUAAAAUUUGAUUCAGUAGAUGAAAAAAAAUGUCAGUUUGCUAGUGCAAAGAAAAUGGUAGAAUGUACUGAAUGAACCACUUCAAUGCAACAAAACCUGCAGUAAGAAAAGCUCCUUUUUAAUCAGGCUCCAAACGGGCAGCCUUCUGUCUACCCGCCGGUGUCUGAGAGGACAGGAAAGAGACAAGAACAGAAGAGUUGCCGUUAUUCCGAUCACAUUUAUGAUGUAAUUUGUUUAGCCUAGAAAUCUAGUCCAACUGUAGCAAUAGCAAAAGGAUUUAGCUCUGCAGGUCAAAUUUACAUAGGAUCGCUUACAGGCUGGUCCUGGAGGUUUAGUGGUUCUUGUUUUUGGUUUGGACUCUGAGCUUCUACAAAAACAAAGGGGGGGGGGGGGGACUGUUCUGGUGUCAUGAGAUAAAGAGAACUGCUCCUUCAAAGAGGAAUGUGUUGGUACUGUGAGACAAAGAAGACGGAACCGAAACGAGAGGAACAUCAGAGUUGUGAAACCAGAUUAACAUGUGAUGAGCCUUUACACUGAUAUUCAGAUUAAAUACAAACCGCUGGAAAUCACUGUGAAAUGUCUGAAGACAUAAAACAUAAUCUCAUGCCCAUCCAUCCAUCGUCUAUACCCAGAGCACCUGGAGAGAACCCGUGCAUGCAGAGAGACCCAGACUGGGAUGUGAACCCAGGACCUCCUUGCUGCACAGAAACCGCUCUAACCACUGCUCCACCGUGCAGCCUAUAACCUCUUGUUCCCACACCAAAUAAUUUCUGAUUUUUAAUGGAUCAGUUUGAGCUCAUUUAAAAUGUUAUGAUGUAAAAUGUCCACAAAUAAUUAAACAAAUCUUCAUUCAAUGACAUUUCUGUAUUCGCUGAUCCUAAUGAAUCAAAUGUGAUGCAAAAAUAUUUUUAUAGAGAAUUAAACUACACACUAGAAUCAA